UGCAGGUGCUGUGGAUGCACGGAGAGAAAGGACAGGGACUCGCUCAGUUCUACAUCCCUCACAGUGUGGCGGUCGACAGCUACCAGAGGGUGUGGGUUGCAGACAGAGGGAACAAGCGUAUCCAGGUGUUUAACUCUGUGACGGGAGACUGGCUGGGCUCGUGGGGCAGCUGUUUUAAAGAGGACGCGCCGUACUCCGUCAGACUCACACCAGACCAGAAGUACAUGGUGGUGGCUCAGUUAAACACCAAUCAGGUGACGCUGCUGGAGGCUCCGCCCGUCGGCAUCAUCGGUCAGUGUCAGGUGACCAGCAGCAUCCAGCUGGCCGAGGACGUCAAGCCGCACCUGGUGGAUCUGGAUCAGAAGAGUGCGGCGCUGUAUGUGGCGGAAAUCGGGGCCAAUCAGGCGCAGAAGUUCAUUCCUGUGAUAGCCGCCGGUGUUUAGAUGUUCACAGAGAGAACAGCACUGAUUAUAACGCUUGAAAAGAUCUGAGCUUGAAAAUAUGAGCAGCACUGAUAAUAAAUAUGUGACCCUGGACCA